UUGACAUGGAUUUAUACUUAGAAGAGCAGCUGCAGGCCUACUGAGGAGUUCACAAUAUAGACUGUUGGAUUAUCAGCAGAAAAAACAGCUUGAUGCUGGAAAGGAAGGGACAGGAGACAUGAGAAAAAAAUUUUCUCAUGGUGAUCUGCAAGUGAAUUCCAUGGAUUCUCUACUUUGGAACAACCACUAUUAGAAAGAAAGCUUAAAAAGAUGGAUCUGGGAAAGGCAAAGCUGCUGAGAACCGGCCUCAAUGCUUUAUAUCAAGCUAUCCACCCUGUGCAUGGAAUCGCCUGGACAGAUGGGAAGCAAGUGAUACUGACUACCUUAUACUAUCAAAACGGAGAGCUGAAGUUUGGAGACUCCAGCAUUGUUGGUCAAUUUGAACAUGUUCAUGGGCUUUACUGGGGCCCAUGUUGCUCUACAGACACCCCAGCUCUGCUCGCUGUUCAGCACAAAAAGCACGUAAGCAUUUGGCAGCUGGUGUACAGCAGUGCAGAGGAGAAAAAGCCCUUGAUUUCUCAGACUUGUGAAGUUGGUGAGCCAUUUCCACUGCUUUCUCAGGGCUGUGUCUGGCAUCCAAAGAAGGAGGUCUUGGCUGUGCUUACAAAACGAGAUGCUUCAGUCUUGCAUGCUGUCCGUACUGACAAUACACGGGUUAAGGCAGAGAUCAAAAGCAGCGGACUCAUCCACUGUGCUUGCUGGACUAAGGAUGGUAAUCGUUUAGUAGUUGCUAUAGGCAGUGCUCUGCACUCCUACAUAUGGGAUAAUGCUCAGAAAACUCUAAAUAUCUGCUCCUUUUGCCCAGUUUUUGAUGUGGGAGGUUAUAUCUGCGCUAUAGAAGCCACACUGGAUUUCCAAAUUGCUGUAGCUACUGAGCUUCCUUUAGAUAAUAUUUGUGGUUUCAAUGCCGGCAUUGCAUUUGAUGUGCCCUCUGGUACAGAAGCUGGUUCUUUAAUCUCACACGCUGCUCUGGUGCUUGGUGAUGAGGAAUACUCCAUGGACACACGAAGAAAGUCCAUAGAUUCGGAUAGAUCAGGUGUUGAUUCACUUGCCUCUUCUUCAUCAGGUCCUGUGGAUUUAACCCAUAUCCUUGCAAACCACCGUCAGUCUGAUCCCAGUCCUCUCAUUACUCUGAAACGCAAAGACUCUGCAGCAGCAAAUGGUCAAGAUUCUUCUCACUUGAUCUUGGUGACUUUUGAGAGGAAGGUAACGACCACCAGAAAAGUCACGAUCCCAGGUAUUCUGGUUCCUGAUAUAAUGGCUUUUGACCUUAGAGCUCAGAUUGUGGCAGUAGCCUCUAAUACCUCUAAUAUUGUUUUGGUGUAUUCAGUCACCUCUUCCUGUAUGCCUCACAUUCAACAAAUCCAGCUGGAAAAAAAUGAAAGACCAAAGGGCCUAUGCUUUUUAACAGAUAAGCUCUUAUUGAUUCUGAUUGGCAAGCAGAGGUUCCCUGAGCCUAAUCUCAUUCCAUCUUCAAGUUCAGACAGGUAUAUAAUACGUCUUAUGGUUAAAGAAUUGAUGCUGGAAGAAAACUCUUCAGCAUUGCCUGAAACUAAGCAGAAUAUGUUUUAUAAUUUUGAAUCCUCUAUUAAUAUACCUGGAAAAAGAAAAUUCUUUGAGAAUCUUGCCACAGAAGACCAACCUCAAAGCAGGGAGUUGUUAAUACCAAGAAGAACAGUUAUUCAAUCUCCGAGUGGCAGGAGAAGACUCAUUGAAGAAGUAAAGAGCCCUAGUUAUGAGCAGAGCUCUUCAUCAAGUGUGAGUGACCUGGAUGAAAAAAGGCUCCCAGGUGACUCUUCGGUGGCCUUGGAAACAUUGGAUGCUGAACCUAAAAAUCGCUCAGUGUCUCUUCAUGGUUUUGGAUCACCUAGCAGGAUUUCCAGCAGACCAACAUCCCCUAAAGUGCAGUUCAAUGUGAUCCAAGAAACAUCAAAUUAUCCUAAAAACAACAAUUUGCCAAGUGAAAGGGGAAUGAGUCACAUAUCUAGAAAUUUAGAGAGACUUUGUGGCAGUUUCAAUGAGUUACAGCUGAGUCUUUCUGAAAUAACAGACUUUGCUAGGAACGGGAGGAGGAUAUCUUUAGCCUACCCGUGCUCCCAGGAACCGCCUGUUGUGCAUGUCACUUACCAGAAAAGCUUUCCGAAUGGAUCAGUUACUGAAGAAACGAAAGAUGUUCUCCUCUGUGAUGGCAAGAUCCAUUUGAGUUUAGUCCAGCAGCUGUUUGAUCUGCCUGUUAUUGAAAUGAAACAUGGCUCUUCUUGGAUUGUGCUCACUGCAGACAAGGAUGGCUUUGUGCCAUUAAUAUUCAAAGCCACACAAGAGAUAAUCAUAAGGGAUGGAACUGACAGUUCAGAAGUCUGUGGAGGUCACUCCUACAAAAAAAGCAUCCCAAUGCGACCACCAAGCAGAGUGACAUAAUUUCUGAACAAAGAACCCCAAUGACCUUCUUUUCUCCUACGAUACAGAGACAUUCUGUGGUCUCAGACACUGAGAGAGUAGAAAACUCUCUUCACUACUUUCUGUGUGUUGUAACUGUAAAAUCUGUGGCAUGGUUACACUAUAGCUACAUCCUCAGGUUGGCUGGACCCUCACCAUUUCUUCUGAAGGACUGGACCUACAGUGAAGUUGACCACAGCUGCUGUUAUUAAUGGCUGUCCUGGGCUGGAGCAGAGAGACUAUUGUCUACUUUGAUUGAGGUCACGAUGUUCUUGGAGGAACACUAUUACGCUAAAAAUCAUGCAGUAAUAACAAAUCUAGCUGGUGCAGGUGUACAGUCAACAUAAAACCUAAAGAAAAUACAACUAAAGAGCCUUUAUAUUCAUUAAGGAAAACCAGGAUAGGGAAGGGGGGGGAAAAAAAAAAAAAAGAAAAUUGCUUCAAGCUCUUUUCUGUUCCAGCUGGAUCCCAUGGAAACCUGCAACAUUUUCAGAAAUGCUUAAUUUUUAUAUGGAAAUGUUCAAUUACUAAAAAGGCUGCAUCACUGUCUCCUGUAGUGUCUUACACAGCAUGUAGAUUUAUACAUGCACACAGAAGAGAAAGAAAAAAUCUUGCAAGAUAAAUUAAGGAUCAAAGAAGUUGAAUGUAAAUUUCAUUUGGCUAAAGGCAGGUGGCUACAGUGAACCUUUCAUCUACGCUCCUGUAUGAUCAGUAGAAAACAGAAAAGCACUUCUACAGCAGAUUACUCAUGCCCUAACAGAGAUUUCUAAAAACUGAUCAUGGUGAACUAUUCCUAUUAAAUAAGUAAAUAAGUGCCUGUUCCUUUCCACUGACUGCAAACACAAGCAGGGGGACUGGUUUGAACCCAAACAUUUACAUUUAGCCAGGUGAACCUCACCCUCAGAGACAAGAGGCAAUACAGAUACAGGUGAGAGUCAGGCAGGCAGAUCCAUGGAAACUAAAUUGUUGUGAUUAUGGUGAGAGAAAUAGGCAUAAGGGAAGAACUGAAUGAACUUCCUAACUUUUCCUCAUUGAAAUGCAAAGGAUAAAGUAUAGCGUGCAGCCAUGUGUGCAAGGGCAUUUUGUACUGCCUGAACCGUGGAAAGGCAUUCCUGCUUCACCCUGUACAGCCAGGGAAACAGAAAAAGAAGGACACUUAAGUUACUGUUAGGAGUUAUUUUUCAUACUGUGCAUUUUGGGUCUUGUUAAUACUCCUGGGGAGUCUUUUUUCCCUUCCUGGGAACCAUGGCAAGCCCGUUCAUAGGGCACAGAUACUGAAAUCCAGUUACAAUACUUCACCCCAAAUGAAGGCGGGAUUGAGACGGUAGAUCUACACUCUGAAGGACUUUAAUGGAUUUGGAGGUUUGGCAUUAGUAUCAUUCCAGUGAUGCAGCCAAGAAUCUCUUAAGUUUCAAAUCUUGAAAUAAGUAAACAGUUUAAUUUCAUUGAAUUAAUUGUCUUCUUCAUGCAAGUAUCCUCCCAGGGACAAAGGAAUCAUCAUUCUAAAUCACCUACAACCACAGGCAUGCAAUACAGUGGUGUAUAUUUGUACUACCUUGUUUGCAAAGUUCUCUUUAAGUAGCCUCAAGAAGCAUUCCUGAUUGUAAAAAACAUCCCCAAACAACAAAUAAAUAUGACUUUCUAAGUA